AUGUUUGUCACCAAUCGCCUUUUGCAGGCCUGCAGAAUCACCCUUUUCACCCGCGACAACUGCGGCCUUUGCACACAAGCAAAAGGCGUGUUAUCCGACGUGUGGGAUAAGCGGCCGUUCGCAUACAAGGAGGUGAAUCUGGCUUUACCCGAGUCUCGGUCUUGGAUGGAAUUUUACGAUUUUGAUAUCCCAGUGAUACACAUCAGCAAGGUCAAUGCUGCCGAAGAACAGGUCAAUGCAGCCGGCAAAGCAGUCAAGUUGAUGCACCGCUUCACCGUUGAACAGGUAGAAGCGAAAAUGGACCAAGUCGAGAAGAAUUAG